AUGAAUAAGGAAGUGUGUAAACGGUUCAAGAAUGUAUGGAAGGAUUUUCCCGAUGAAUUAAACAAUAGUGGAAAGUAUCAAUUUAAGAAUGAUCAACAUUUCAAAAAGUAUUGUAAUAGUAAUUGUGAUACUGAUCUCGAAAAAAUUAGCGCUGGAUGUUUAUAUUUACUUAAUGAAUUCUUUGGGGAUUCUUCUUCGCUUAAGAAUCAUGCAAAAAAUAACAUCGGUAUUGUCCAAUACAUUAUCAUAUGGUUAAGUUAUAUGUUAAGCGCAAUAAAAAAUCAAGAAAACAACAGUCUAAAAUUUUUUUAUAGUAUAUAUAUAAAUAGUGAUAAUUACAAAAAGUCUAUAACUAGUAUUGAAGGUUGUAAUAAUUAUAAGGAGCUUAUAGAUAAAACACAAGAUUUGACGACUAUUGACAUUAAAGAUAUAUCUAAAUUUUAUAAUGCAUUUAAAUCAUUAUGUAACUUGUAUAAUGAACUUGAUGAAGUCAAUCCAGAAUGCGAGAAAUAUUUGGAAUAUAAUAAUGAUUUUUUUAAAAAAUAUGAAGAACUUAAGCAAGAUUCUAGUAUUGCUGGAAACAAUUCAUAUAUUAAAAUAUUUUCUAUAUUAUUAAAUGAUUAUGAUAAUUUAAAAAGUAAAUGUAAUAAUUUUUCAUCCCUUCUAACUAAUUCGCUAAUUUCAAUUGCAUUUAUAUUUGUUGCAGCAUCAAUUUUAUUGGGAGUUUCUUAUAAGUAUUCGUUAUUUGGAUUUCGGAAACGAUUUCAAAAACAAAAAUUAAGAGAAAAACUAAAAAAUAUAAAGAAGAGAAUAAAUCAUUAA